AUGGCCGCGGACCAUGGGCGUUUCUCCUCUACGAGGGACCACCCGCAGGUGCUACGAGUGUUGUACAACAAGUUGUCGGAUAACACGACCAUCGACAAGGUCAACCCAAAGCCAGAGCAAGUCGACAUCAUCUAUCUGAAUAUCCUAUCCGACCCCAUCUCCUCGUUUUUCAGAGAUGUAUUGGCCCUGGAUUGUGGCACUGGUUUCGCCUGCAUUCGUCUCUCCAAGCCAUUUCGUCCACUGAUUAGGAACCUUCAACCGCUGAGAGACCAUCUCAACAAGCUUGAAAAGGCUUAUGGGUAUGAGAACCCCGAAUCUGAGACCGACUACUCAACAACGCCCACCGAGACCGACGCCGCCCCUAGCUCUGAACUGACUGAGCCCGAGUCAACAUCUACAGCCCCUCCGGACGCAGACACCUCUGAGCAUCACGAAAAGCCGUUUCUGAGACCGUCCGCACUGAAUCACUUCAGGACGGUUGUCAAAUUUGCGGAUCAGUAUCUGCACAAGUCUCUGGAGCUGUAUGAAAAGCUCAAACUUGGCAAGGAAGACAAGGUGGCCUUCGAGAACUUAUGGAUGCUUUUCGACACCGGUACCAUGAUCUAUUGCCCCUACAGAAGUGGCAAAGAAGUCUUCUGGGUUACCGAUGCUCUUGCUGAUCGAACAGACAGUGAUUGCGUAUUUACUGAUUUUGAGUCCCGCGCGAGAUAUUCCCCUCAAGCAUAUCGCGUCCUCUCCGUGAGGGGUGGCGUCCCGUUGAAGACGUCGCUUAUGCCAGGGGAAGUCGAGGAAGACUUUGAUGAGAACGAUUUCCUGCAGAAUGUUGAUGCCAUGCUGCGACUAGACCGGUUGGACCUCUUCCGACAUGGAGACGAAGUUAUCGUUGACUUCAAGACUGCAUUUGAACAAAGUAGCGACCUACCAGACAUUUUAGAAAUCAGACCGGACUUUGAGACCAAGACCGAAUGGCCGAGAACAACCGAGGGAAGUCAGCCGGAAGCGCAUGAUUGGUAUAGGCAUGAUGAAGUUGACGGCGAACGAAGCAUCAGCCAUCGUUGGUGUUACGCAAAUAAUUGCCAAAGACCUUCGUAUUACGAAAUUCAAGAUGCGGAGAGUCAGAAGAUCCUGCAACAGAUUGCCUUGGCAUUCGAGAGCCAUGCUACGCAACAAGCAAAGUCCAAGAAAGCUCGAGGAGAGUUUAGGUCGUACCUGGAGAAUACCGGCCUGAUAAAACUUUUCCCGGGAAUCGUCCCCGGCUAUGCCUUGCGUAAUCGCAAAUGGGUCCAACUAGAUAUCGAUCGACUACAGGAUGUACAGCGCGGAGAUAACUGGGACAAUCUUGUUCUACCUAAAGGCCACAGAGAGAUGGUGCAGGCGAUGGUUGAGUCAUACACCAGACGGUUAGAUGAUUCUCAAGCAACAUAUGAUCAGCCUUCCGAGAAAGUUGAUCUAGAUCUCGUUCGAGGGAAAGGCAAAGGAUGCAUCAUUCUGCUUCAUGGUGCUCCUGGAGUGGGUAAAACAUCCACCGCCGAAUGCGUGGCAGCAUACACCAAGCGGCCAUUGUAUCCCAUUACCUGCGGCGAUAUUGGACAUCUGCCGGAUGUUGUCGAGGCAAAUCUGGAAAAGCACUUCAAGCUAGCUCACCGGUGGGCCUGCGUGCUGCUACUAGACGAGGCAGAUGUGUUUCUCGCGAAAAGAACUAAAACCGACGUGAAGCGAAACGGACUUGUAUCUGUUUUCCUUCGCAUUCUGGAGUACUACCCAGGGAUCUUGUUCCUGACAACCAAUCGGGUUGGUGCUAUUGACGAUGCGUUCCGCUCACGACUUCAUCUCACGCUGUACUAUCCAAAGCUUCUCGAGAAGCAAAGUACCAAGAUCUGGAAGAACAACAUCAGAAAGCUGAAAGAAGUCAAUGAACAGCGAGUCAAGGCAGGUCAACAACCCAUCAAGUACGACAAGCACGAGAUCAUCAAGUGGGCCUCGACCAAUUGGGAGAGUCUUCAGUGGAACGGUCGUCAAAUUAGGAAUGCAUUCCAAACCGCCAUUGCGCUAGCAGAAUUCAAUGCCCGGUCACGAAAGUCUAGAAAGCGAACCGGCGGGGAGACUCCAUCACCAUCUCCCAAGAAGUCCAAGACACCUGUCUUGGAUCAAGAUACCUUCAUGCUGAUUGCAGAUGCCUCAAGUCAGUUCAACGAUUAUCUUCUGCAGACUCACGGCUAUGAUGAGGAGAUGACAGCGUCCAGAGACCAGGUCAGACCAGCUAGCUUCAAAGCAAAGCCAAAUCGAAUCAAGAGAGUGCAGGACUCAUCCGAAUCAGAUUCGGAUUCAGAUGCAAGCUCUGGGCCAAGUCACGAAUCAGACAGCAGCUCAGGGCCAGGCUCUGACACAGAAUCAGAUGCAAGUGCUGAUUCUGAGUCUGAUUCCGCGGUCGAGAGAAAGAGAAAGAAGACAAAAACGAAGAAAGGCAAGAGAAAGUCCGAAAAAAAGACAAAAGAGACAGAAUUGCCGGAUGAACAAGAGAAGAAGGAGAAGAAGGAGAAGAAGAAGAAGAAGAAAAGGUCGGAUCUUUGAGACGCUAGUGUUUUUAUAUGAUCGCUUUUUCUUAGCAUUUAAUUCCUGCAAAUUUCAAUUGUUGUAUUUCAUGAAUAUUCUAUUUAUUGCUUUUAUUGUACUUUGUCGCCUGCUAAUGCAUACGAGUAGUCGGAAUCAUUCGAAGCAUAUUUCUG